AGAGGUGAUGUGACUUGUCCAAGGUCAUGCAGAUGGGGUCUGAACUCAGGUUUGCCUGAGUUCAAUGUCUUUGACUAUGAAGUUGAAGGCUUCCAGUCCCUAAAAGUGCCUGGCCAAACCGCAGGCAACUGAGUUAUAGACUGAGAGGGGACAAAAAUCAUAGCAGGGUCCCUGGAGGCACUAUGGCUCAAUCUUGACCUGAGGGACUCAACGGAGGCAAAAGAUGGAGCCAGUGGAGGGAAGAGCUGCAUUCCAGGUAUGGGUCCGGCCCAAGCAAAGGCCUGAUGGCAGGAGAGCACUUGUGUGUUCAGGGCUGCAGAGCCAAGCGUGAGCCAGGCCGGGCUGGCCUCCAGCACAGGCUGAGGAGGGCCUGUGGGACAGCCACCCACCAGCAGGUCCCCCAGCCACACUCCCAACGGCCACUCGAGGCAGCACAAUGGAGGCUCUGAGCUAGGCAGAGCCGCCACACUGAGCCCCAUUCAUUCUCCCGGGGAUGUGGCAAUUGCCCUGGUACCCGGGCCAACGGCAGGGGCCCCAGCACUGACAAGGCACCUCCACCACACAAUAUAGGCUCGCUGUGGCCGGUACUCGCGGGUCUCACGCCAUGCGCCUGAUGCUGGGGUUUCCUGGCCUGAACCACCCCUAUUCCUCAGCAAUGACUGCCAAGGCUUGCUGAGGCCACAGUGUACAUAUGCUCCCUUCAUCUUCCUCAGGAAGUGGGGGGUACUGUGACCAAUUUCACAGAUAAGGAAACAGACCCAGAGCUGUACAGUCUCUUAUAAAGGAUCACAUAGUAAGUUGAGAGUGGGCCUGGCCCCGAAGUCAGUACUGGCUGAUGCCACAGCCUCAGCAUUUGGGCCAAGUCACUGGUACUGCCUCCUGGGAGGGAAGCCAGGAACCCACCGGGAAGACCCCAGCUACCACCAGGCCACAGGCCCCUCUCCCUCUUCCAACAACAACCUGGAGAUGGGAGAGGCACCAGCCUGGGAGCUAGGACCUCUGGGUGUCUUGUCUAAUCUCUGCUCCUCCUUAGUCUCAGUUUCCUCGUCUGUGAAAUGGGACAAUAGCAGGAUUUGCCUCACAGCUCUGUUGUAAGGAUUCAUGGACGAUCUGUGGAGGCUUCCAGCUCCAUGCCUAGCUCAUAGUUAAUGCUCAGUAGAAGGAGCUGGAAUUGUACCCCCCCCCUUCCUUUUUCUCCCAAUUCUGUGGGAGAAUUGAAACCUCAUUUUUUCAUUUGAACUUUGAACACUGGUCCCAUCCAGCCUGUCUGUGAGCAGGACCCUGGUGCCUUGGUCUCAUGGCCUGUGUGCCUUUCUCUCUCAAGGCCUCAGGUUCCCCCUCAUCCCAUCAAAGAGGUUCAGCCGGAUCCUUCCCCCACCUAAGACCAUCAUCUAGCUGCCAGGGGGUUGCGGGAGCCAUGGGCAUGGACGUUAGGACCACAGCUGGACAAGCAGAUUCAAACUCCAGAUAACUUUUCCACAUCUAUGGAAUGGGGAUGUUUACCUCUUGGGGGCAGAAGGACAGAGCCCUGUAGCUGAAACAUACUAAGUAGUCAGAAGACCUUAGUCAUUAUUAUUUUUAUGGAGGAUACAGGAAGGACCCCAUUUGACCUUGGACUCCCGCUCUCAUAGCCAUAGUUGCCAGUCCCAGGGCCCAGCGUAAUAAUGUCAAACUGUGCUGGAGCUUCUGUGGGUUGACUGUGUACCUUGCGCUUGUGCCCAUUCUAGAGAUUAGUGACUGAGGCUUCAGAGGUUCUACUAACUUGUCUGCAGCACACAGAGGUGGGGUUUGAAGCCCCUGGUCUUGUGGACCCCCAACCCCAGCAGCUGUUGACAGCCUCUGCAGGUGUCUGGGGUAAUCUGUGUAGGGGAGGUCUCGUUUCCUCAUCUCUGUCCUGCCCGUGGGAAUGUACUCACACACACACACACACACACACACACGCACGCACGCAUGCAUUAUAACAUGGAAAAGUACCAGGCUGUGGGCUAAGGGACUCGGAAGGGCGAGUUGUAAUCUAGUCUGUGCUACCAAUCCUGUAUGACCUGGGGUAAUCCCUCUGCCUGUCUGUGCCUCAGUUUCCCCAUCUCUGUACAAUGGGUGUGAUGGACCAAAUUAUCACCGUUUGUCCCUGGUAGCUUGAAAAGGAGUGACCAUGCCUUGCUGGGCACCAGUUUUGUGCCAGACUUUGCACCAAUCACUGGACAGUGUGAAGUGGACAUUGCAAAUACCCCUGCUCACAGAAAGGAAACGGAGCCUCAGGGAGGUGAGUACCCUAGUCCAGGAUCACAUGGUGACAAAGUGGCCGGCCAGGACUUGAACUUGGGUCUGGGUCUGAGUGGUUCCAGAGUCCACAGGCCUAACCACAGCACUCUUCUAUCCACUGCUGUCAGUCCAUCCCCGGGAAGGCGUAGAAUAAACUGCCCUGUGUGCAGGCUUGACUCCCUGCACCCUCCCAGCCCAAGGGCCAAACCCCCUGACAGCUGUUGACAGGUCUCCAGGGGCCCCCAGCCCAGCGGGCUCCAUUCCCAGAGCCUGUGGUUUGUUCCCCAGACCUUCCAGGUCCCAUGGGCUUGUGGUCUGCCCCCUGCUCCCUCCGCCCACAUUACUGUGGAGGCCAAGAAGGAGGCCCACCAUACUGGGGGAGGCCCCAGCCCCCGCCCCCUGCAGAGAAGAUGGGGAGGGUGGGGCUGUGGGAGUUUCACUGGUUUAAAAAUACACAGAGGAAGCGAGUGAGAGGGUGCAAGAAAGGGGAACGGGAGGUGAGGGAGGCACCUCAACGUCGAUGUCCAGAGCCUCGAGUGGCCACUUUCCCACAGGCCAGGGGCUUUGCACCACUUGCCAAGAUGACAGAGGGGCCCAGGAAGGCCAGCAAAAAGUUCAAAUUCUUCAAGUUCAAGGGCUUUGGGAGUCUCUCCAACCUCCCUCGGUCCUUCACUCUGAGACGGUCCUCGGCCCCCGUCAGUAUCCGGUCCCAUCUAAAGCCUGAAACUUUUGAGGCCACACAGGAUGACAUGGUGACAGUCCCCAAGAGCCCCCUGGCCUAUGCCCGCUCCAGCGACAUGUACAGCCACAUGGGCACCAUGCCUCGCCCCAGCAUCAAGAAGGCUGGUGAUCGAAAGGCUACCCAGAAGGCCCAGGAGGUGGGCCCUGGCCCCAACUUAGUGUCCCGAGGUCUGCCCGAUCCCCCAGGCUUGGAGGCAGCCAAGGAGGUGGUGGUGGAAACCAAGGUCCCCUUGGAGGACACCCCAGCAGUGGGAACCAACCCCUCAGCAAUGGAGGUGGGCUCCAUGAAAAAGCCUGAAGACCCCAGGACAAAUACAGAAGAGGAGAGUGCACCCAGGAACGUGUUCCCAGAAAGAGCUGCUGGAGAGCCGGAGGCGGGCGGGGACUACGUGAAGUUUUCCAAGGAGAAGUACAUCCUGGACUCAUCACCUGAGAAACUGCACAAGGAGUUGGAAGAAGAACUCAAACUCAGCAGCACAGAUCUCCGCAGCCACGCCUGGUAUCAUGGCCGCAUCCCCCGUGAGGUCUCAGAGACCCUGGUGCAGCGCAACGGUGACUUCCUCAUCCGGGACUCACUCACUAGCCUGGGUGACUACGUGCUCACAUGCCGGUGGCGCAACCAGGCCUUGCACUUUAAGAUCAACAAGGUGGUGGUGAAGGCGGGCGAGAGCUACACCCACAUCCAGUACCUGUUUGAGCAGGAAAGCUUCGACCACGUGCCCGCCCUCGUGCGGUACCAUGUGGGCAGCCGCAAGGCUGUAUCGGAACAGAGUGGCGCCAUCAUCUAUUGCCCUGUCAACCGCACCUUCCCACUGCGCUACCUGGAAGCCUGCUAUGGCCUGGGUCAGGGCAGUGGCAAGGCCGCCAGCCCUGCCAGCCCCUCGGGCCCCAAGGGCAGCCAUAUGAAGCGGCGCAGUGUCACCAUGACUGAUGGGCUCACGGCUGACAAGGUCACCCGUAGUGAUGGCUGCCCCACCAGGCAUCUGCUCCACAGCACAUCACUGCCCCACCCACGGGAAUCCAUCCGCAACUGUGCCCUCAGCAUGGACCAGAUCCCAGACCUGCACUCGCCCAUGUCCCCCAUCUCUGAGAGCCCCAGCUCCCCUGCCUACAGUACCGUGACCCGUGUUCACGCCACCCCUGCAGCGCCCUCAGCCACAACGCUGCCCACCUCCCCUGUCACCCGCCGCUCCAGUGAACCCCAGUUGUGUCCUGGAAGUGCCCCCAAGGCCCCUGGGGAGUCGGACAAGGGCUCUUAUGCCAGCCCCUCCCACACCCUCUGCAAGGCCUCCCCAUCACCAUCGCUCAGCAGCUACAGUGACCCGGAUUCUGGCCAUUACUGCCAGCUCCAGCCUCCCGUCCAUGGCAGCCUCACCUUCCAGUCACUACUGAUUCCCAAGGAUAACCGGCCACUGGAAGUGGGCCUCCUGCGCAAGGUCAAGGAGCUGCUGGCAGAAGUGGAUGCCCGGACGCUGGCCCGGCAUGUCACCAAGGUUGACUGCCUGGUUGCUAGGAUACUGGGCGUUACUAAGGAGAUGCAGACCCUAAUGGGAGUCCGCUGGGGCACAGAGCUGCUCACCCUCCCCCAUGGCCGGCAGCUACGACAAGACCUGCUGGAAAGGUUCCAUACCAUGUCCAUCAUGCUGUCCGUGGACAUCCUGGGCUGCACCGGUUCUGCUGAGGAGCGGGCAGCGCUUCUGCACAAGACCAUUCAACUGGCAGCCGAGCUUCGGGGGACCAUGGGCAACAUGUUUAGCUUUGCUGCGGUCAUGAGCGCCCUGGAUAUGGCCCAGAUUGCCCGGCUGGAGCAGACAUGGAUGACCCUGCGGCAGCGACACACAGAGGGUGCCAUCCUCUAUGAGAAGAAGCUCAAGCCAUUUCUCAAGAGCCUCAACGAGGGCACAGAAGGCCCCCCACUGAGCAACACCACAUUUCCUCAUGUACUGCCCCUCAUCACUCUCCUGGAGUGUGACACGGCCCCGGCUGAGGGCCCCGAACCUUGGGGCAGCACGGAGCAUGGCGUGGAGGUGGUGCUGGCUCACCUGGAGGCUGCCCGCAUGGUGGCACACCACGGAGGCCUGUACCACACCAAUGCUGAGGUCAAGCUUCAGGGGUUUCAGGCCCAGCCCGAGCUCCUGGAGGUGUUCAGCACUGAGUUCCAGAUGCGCCUCCUCUGGGGCAGCCAAGGUGCCAGCAGCAGCCAGGCCCGGCGCUACGAGAAGUUCGACAAGGUUCUCACCGCCCUGUCCCACAAACUGGAACCUGCCAUUCGCUCCAGCGAGCUGUGACCCCCACGGACCACUCCCCUCUGCGCUGCAGGCAGCAAUGGGGACAGAGGGGCACAGACCUUUCCCCAGAGCACCCCAGGGACACUGUGAUCAGCCCAAGAAUGUUCUGGGCUCAACGCCAGGAUCUCCCUUGCCCCUCCAGGGUCCUGUGUGGACUCUGGGCCUCGUCUCACCUGCUACAUGCUCACCAAGUCUCCCUUCAGGGAGAACUGGAACCCCUGUUCCUCCCUCCAGCUUCUGCGUCUCCCCUCCCUGCUGAGGUGCACUGUGUUCGAGCCAUGGGAGGCUCCUCAUGUCUCCUCAGUCUUCUUCAGGCAUCUACUCCCCGCCGACACCAAGGCCUCCAUCUGGCUGUAAAUAAGUCUGUCUGUUCUGUAAAUAGAUGUACAGAGCCAUGCUCUUUCUUUCAUAUAAUAAACUUUUAUGACUUUC